GCGCCAGACGUCCUGCACACAAAUCCGGUCUUCCCGGGAUUCAACGACGUUCGAUGCCACCGCCCAGGAAAGCACUCUCACACGGCCAUACCCAUGCCCAUGCCAUAAGCACCAUACAAUUACAACAUCGAAUCUGAGUCCUCCAUUCAUCGCUUAAGGGGAUGCGAACAGUUGCGCCCGGCGUCCGAUGGGUGAUCGUCCGUGGCCCUGAUCUCGAAGAUUGGAAAUGGGACUGCAAAAUCAGCGACGCGUCCGACUCGGAUGCCACGUCGGAGCGGACGCAAUUCGGGCGGAGGAGGGUGCUUCUGGCGUUCUCGCGAAAGCUUAUUAGCCAUGCAGACGCUGUUUCGGACGCUGCUUCUGGCUGCGAGGCUACUGUGCGGUUCGGGGAAGCAUCCGACCGCUAGCACUUGCGCGGCAGCUUUCACACACUGUCCAUUUCGUAUGCGCUUGUGGGAUUACGAGACCUUGGCAACUGCGGCGUUCAACGACCCUAAGCUACAGAUAUCUGGAUUCCCGUAAUCAUAACUUCGUUCUACUCCCUUUGCGGCGCACAGGCACGAGUGUAUCCUACCGUUGUAUCGACAAGUCUCCUCCGCCCGCUCCAUCGCGCCCUUACCGUGUCGAGGUCCCGCGAGGAAGCGGCCUCAGUUCAGAUG